CGCAUAACUCUAAAGCAUAUUCUACAACGUCUUCACUCACUCUGAUACCAGAAACAGCGUGCGUGCGAUGCCGGAAGAAACGACGUCGAUCGACUACGUGAUGGAGGCCGCAUCUGGGCCGCACUUUUCGGGCCUGAGACUGGACGGCCUGCUACCCUCCUCCCCCACUUCCGAUUCAACCCUAACCUCCGAUUCUCUCCCCAAUCAACCCUUCGUCAUAGGAGUCUCCGGCGGUACCGCCUCCGGGAAAACCACCGUCUGCGACAUGAUCAUUCAGCAGCUUCACGAUCACCGCGUCGUCCUCGUCAAUCAGGACUCGUUUUAUCGCGGGUUGAGACCCGAAGAGCAGGAACGCGUUCACGAGUACAAUUUCGACCACCCUGAUGCGUUUGACACGGAGCAGUUGUUAGAGUGCAUGAGGAAGCUUAUAAGUGGCCAGGGUGUUCAUGUUCCAAUUUAUGACUUCAAAAAGCACCAACGCUCUUCCGAUAGCUUUCGCCAGGUUAAUGCCUCUGAUGUGAUUAUAUUGGAGGGAAUUCUCGUGUUCCAUGAUCAGGGUGUGCGGGAUCUCAUGAACAUGAAGAUCUUUGUUGACACAGAUGCUGAUGUGAGGCUUGCUCGUAGAAUUAGACGUGACACAGUGGAGAGGGGCAGGGAUAUAAACUCUGUUCUUGAGCAGUAUGCAAAAUUUGUUAAGCCUGCAUUUGAUGAUUUUGUUCUUCCAUCAAAAAAGUAUGCUGACGUGAUCAUUCCACGUGGAGGCGAUAAUCAUGUUGCCAUUGAUUUGAUUGUGCAACAUAUUCGUACAAAACUUGGUCAACAUGAUCUAUGCAAAAUAUAUCCAAACGUGUAUGUUAUUCAGUCAACAUUCCAGAUAAGGGGAAUGCAUACAUUGAUUCGUGACCGAGACAUAUCAAAACAUGAUUUCGUAUUUUAUUCAGAUCGACUUAUACGCCUGGUUGUUGAGCAUGGUCUAGGUCAUCUGCCUUUCACUGAAAAGCAAGUGGUUACUCCCACAGGAUCUGUCUAUACUGGUGUUGAUUUCUGCAAAAAAUUGUGUGGUGUUUCAAUUGUUCGAAGUGGGGAGAGCAUGGAAAAUGCCCUUCGUGCAUGUUGUAAAGGCAUUAAAAUUGGAAAAAUUCUGAUUCACCGGGAUGGAGACAAUGGAAAACAGCUUAUAUAUGAGAAGCUUCCCAAGGAUAUUUCAGAACGGCAUGUCUUACUUCUUGACCCUGUCCUGGCCACUGGUAACUCUGCCAACCAAGCAAUUGAAUUACUCAUUCAGAAAGGAGUACCAGAAAAUCAUAUUAUAUUCCUGAAUCUCAUUUCUGCUCCCGAGGGAAUCCAUUGUGUGUGUAAAAGGUUUCCAUCACUGAAGAUUGUCACAUCUGAGAUUGACGUUGAAUUAAACGAAGAGUAUCGUGUUAUCCCAGGUUUGGGUGAAUUUGGUGAUCGCUACUUCGGCACCGAUGAUUAAUCCUGCAGUGUAACACAAGUUGGAGACACCUUUUGGGUAACAGCUCCCUGUAUUGUAACGAGAUUUUAAAGAUUCAAAAAAACCAGCUUGAUAGUGAUUUGAGGACAAUAAUACCAAUGCAAAACUCAUAUGUUGAUACGCAAGAAUGAUUUCCGUAUUAUUAGAUGUAGAGAUCAUUCCUAGAAAAGAUGUUGCUCACAAAUGAGAUUACACAAUUCUACUAAUCUUGUUCUGCGAAGGCUGUGGAAAGAUAUUGUUAAUACAAUCUAUAACUAAUCAGAUCUAUCGUCGUCAAUAUAUACAAACUGCUUGUUACCAGGUCU